CAUAAAACUUCCCAACUGGCCAACAGUCAAAACACAAACAUGAAAAAACCAAAGUACAAUUCAUACCCCACACAUCCAAUGUCAAAACCUCAAAAAAACACCAUCUUCAACCUCCCUCAAGACAUCAUCUUCGACAUACUUUCUCGUCUUCCCACCAAAUCCUUAGUUCACUUCCGAUCUGUUUGCACUUCAUCUCCACCGUUGAUCUCCCACCCUUCUUUCACCACCCUCCACUUCUCCGCCACCGGCACCGCCGACGACCACCACAUCCUUAUCUACUAUGAAUCCACUGAUUACAUCAACCAGUUGUACUCGCUCCGAUCCCCACUCACCUUUCAAGAAACUUUAAAACUUCAAGUUCCGUACAAAACACUUCAUGGGUAUCUCCGAAUUGUGGGAUCCGACAAGGGUUUGAUCUGUUUGUUCGAUACAAACUAUUAUUCUAGUCUUGGUACGGUAAUUCUUUGGAACCCUAGUAUACAAAAGAUUAAGGUUGUUGAUGAUCCUCAUAAUGUUCAUGAUAAGUUUUCGCAUUUUGUGUUGGGGUUUGGUUUUGUUUUGAGGAGUUUAGAGUUUAAGGUUGUUGAGAUUGCUUAUGAUUUGGAUAAUUUCAAAGUUAACAAUAGUGUGUUGGUUUAUUCACUUAGUAGGAAUUCAUGGGAGAAGAAGGAAGGUAUGAGUGCACCUUAUUAUUUGACUAAGGGUUGGUCUAGUAAUGUGGUUGUGAAUGGGUUUGUGAAUUGGUUAGCUUUUAAAGAAGGGGAUUGGGGUGCGUCUCGGGUGAUCAUGGCGUUCGACUUGGACGAUGAGCGGUUUGAAGUUUUUGAUUUACCGAAGGAUAUUGUCCCGAAUUAUGAUCAAGUAAGCAUAAGUUCAUAUGGGGAGGAGUGUUUAUCUUUGUCAUUGUGUGCUCAUUAUCUUGGGAUUAAUGGUGAAACUUGGGAUGUUUGGGUGAUGGGUGAUUAUGGGUUAGUGGAUUCUUGGAAGAAAGCGUUUGUGGUUUCGCAACCUAUGUAUUUGGUUCCGCCAUUGUUGAUGAAGAAUGAUCAUGAAGUUUUGAUUGUGUUGCAUGAUGGAAAGCUUAUGUUGUUUGAUGCGAUCAAGAAUGAGAUGCAAGAUCUUGAGACGCAAGGUUUGCCUAGUACUUUUCGUGCUAUUACUUAUACCGCGAGUCUAGCUCUGCUUAAUGGUUGAGGGCAAGAAUUUCUUAAGCUUUUGUUUAUUUAUGCUUGUUGGGUUCUUACCAUUUGGUAUGUUACUUAGUCAUAGGUUUGUGAUUAUACACAUAUCUAGUUAAUAUAUAGUUAAAAUAACAGAGUUUUAUGUGACGUUCUUAACUUUAAUGGUUUGUAUGUUUUGGUUUUAGUCAUAUUGGUUAUUGAACAAUGAAAAUGUUUGGUAUGUAUUGUUGUAACUUGUAAAUAUUUGGUUAUUUUGGUA